AUGUUGCACUUAAGAAAACUGCCUACGAUAUAUAAAAAUGAUAUGGAAAACUAUUAGAUUCGACGUUUUGAAAAAGCUACACAUUUUAGAAUGAUUAAUUAGAGUGUAACGAGUAAAAAGAAAAUGAAUUGCCUUCAUCCUUAAUUGUUAAUGAGUGCUUAAAAAAAAUUUUUUAUUGAACUCACCUAAUUAAAUGAGAGAAAAGGGAAAUAUUUAUUGUAAAUGUUUGAUUUUAAAGUAGAUUCAAAUAUAAUAAAAGAGGAAAGAGUUCAUAGUCUAGUAGAGAAGGAACUUUGAAUGCUUCAGCUUAAUUAGUGAUGGUUUCAUUACCUUAUUUUUGUUCGAAUCACAAUAGAAGAAAACUUAUAAUAAAGAAAUGGAAAUAGAUAAUAUGGGGUGUACGAAUAGUAAUAAGAUACAAAUAUAUAUUGAACAAUCUUCAAUUCUUUGAACUUCUUAAUAGAUUACCAAGAAGACGUAAAGUAUCAUCGCCCACAUCAGUUUCUCGUAGUCCAAGAAAGAGACGUUUAGGAGUUCAAUCAGUUGAUAAUAAUUUUACUCUUGCAACAAAAGGAUAUGGUGAUGAAACUAAUUCUAGCAAAACAUCUAGGAAAUUGAAGAACUAAUUAUCAGAUAAAUAUUUGAAAUCUACCUACUAUUAGGAUUUCAAAUAGAAAGACUAAAGAUUAGACAGAUUAAGAACUAAUAGUUUAAACUAAUUGCAAAAUUCUUAAUAAAGCUAAAUAAUAUAAACUGCUAGAACCUAAUCAGUGUUGAUAAGAAAGUUCAGAUUGAAAAAAUUAUGA